AUGUCUGUCGACAACGUCAGCGAACCGUACUUUGCCACUCCAGAGGACCCGCUUACUACCGACUACGAGGUUCUCUUUACAACUAUCGACGAUGUCUUGCGAUCCUACUUCACUGCUACCCGCCCUGCUUGUGAUGCCACAGAUUACGGUGACUGGUUUAGCUACCUUUUGCAGAUUCUCCAAAAGUACAACGACACCCUGAAACACAACUCCCUCUGGGUGCUUCUCUUGGUGAGGCUAUUGCAAGACACGUUGCCUCCAUCGGCGCAGACCGCCUGCCCCAUCCCACUCAAUUCGGUUAGUACCGAGCCUGCUGAAUGUGUGUACGUCCGCAGAGUGUUCGAGCUUGUAUUCCAUUACAUCUCCACGGCGGACGCCGAACUCAUUUACUACGCGCCCCCACAGACCCCGCACCAGGCAAAGACCGAACCUGAAAGCACUGCCCACCUCAUAAACCCGUUUUUCAACCAGUUUAUCGCUUUGUUUUAUCAGGUUUCCAAGGCGUAUCAGGUGGAGUUAGGUGCGGUUCGCUUACAGGAAUUGACCAACAAAUACUACGCGUUCGUGACUGAACAGUUGCAAACAAAACGUGGCAGCAGGUCCUAUAUGAUGACCGUCACUCCUUUGUUGACCUAUCUGGUGAAGUUGGCUAAUAACUUUCAGGAGUUCGAGAUGUUGAAGGAGUUUACCGAAAUCCAGGCGAAAAUCAUCUCGGGAACACUGGCCAACCCCUCACGCCCCAAGGCUGCCAAGGCCUUUGUUAAUGGAGUAUGCGGCUUAAUGCCUAGUCACUUGGUAGACUAUUACUAUACCUCCGGGUUGAUGUAUUUACAGAGCUACAUCGUUAACCGCGAUGCAUCGGCGUUGAAGGCAGCUGGUGAGUGUUUCCAAGUUUUGGUAAACAUUCCGCCCUUCAAGGAGGAGGGGCCUGGGGCAAACGAUUCAGAUACCACCGUGCGGGUCCGCUUGUAUUAUAUUUUGACCAAACUCUUGUCUGUGUCAUCUCUUCGCGACAUCCAGGUAUUGGUGGACCGCGACACCAAGUUUCAAGCCAUAUUAAAAUCCAAACUGUUUUCCUUGUGGAAGGAACUCAGGUACGAUAGCAUUACCGCAAAGGAGAGCAACUACGGUCAGGACGACCGGUUUUUUACUCUUUCUGGAACCUUAUUGAGAGUGCUCGAGAAACACAGCAGUGCAGCUGAUCCUCUACAAAUGGAGGUUGACGCAGAAGGGGGAGAGACCGUUGAAGCCUCUCGGCGCGAUUUCGACUUAAGGAAGGGUCCUCCGGUUCAGGAGGCCCCCAGUAUCAGAGACACGCUUUUGGGGUUGUACUACAAGAUUUUUAUGAGUUUUUUGCGCAUGGAUGUGAGCAAGUUGGCGAUCAGGUGUCAUGAAUACGCGUCGGGGUACGAUUUGCUCCGCGAAGCGUUCCGUGACUCAACAGUGAACCGGGGUGGUUGCUACGGAGAGGAAGCUGUCGGGUCGAAUAGGGUCAAUGCGGUGGACUUUUUGGUGGUUCCCUUGCCGUUGAUUCAGAAACUAUUCUUUUGCUUGAGGCUCGAAGUCUUGAAGGCCAAGUUGGCCAAGCUAGUGACGCCAGUCCACAACAUAGAGUUCUUAGACGAUCGCAUUACGAAGCCUAUGUGUUUCAGCCUGUUUCUCCAGCAGGUGUCAGGGCUCCAACAGCGGUCUGGCAAAGCGGUGAAGGUGGAGUUUCGCCAAGAUGGAGUAGUAAGCGUCGAUUUGGUUCGCCACGAACACCAGGGCAACGCCCUGGCGGAAUUGGAAGCUCAGCAAGCGCUACUUUUGACCAGAAAUAUGGCUUUCACACGGCUAAACCAGAAAAGUGGUGAUAAAAGCCUAUGA